UCUCACGAGAUGUCGCGAGAUGCCAAGGGCCAAUCAGCAACGCGCCUUCGUGUAAAUGUUCAAAAAACAUGGCGGUGAUGUAGGAGAGCACUCUUACCUGAGUAACGUUACCCACGCGUUUUCUGGAUCUAAACCAAAUAUCGCAAAGAUUUUUUCCCACUAGUUCAACCAAGUUAUGACUACUGGAGCGGUAUUGUUUAUACUAGUUAAAAUAAGUCAUGACCGACUCGAGGAACAUCGGUGUGCGCCAUGUAUCAGAUGCGAGAGAAAGUCCGAGCAGAACUUCCACAGUUUCCCAGAACAAGAUGAAAACAAAGAGACGAAUGAUCGGACUCCAACAGUCCCAGUCUCCGUCUUGUCACACUUCAUACAACUGUCGCAAAGAUUUUACCACCCCAAAACGCCGACCAAGAAUCCGAUUCAACGGUUGUUACAGUGGAGAUUCGCCUAAUGAGACUGAAUUCUCUCAGGACAUCAUCUGGGACACCAACUCACCAUCUCAGAACCUGAAUGGACAAGGAGACGGGAGAGUCAUUGAAAUAUCGGAGAUUGUCAGUAGAAUUGCACCAAAAGUUAAGAAGGCAAAUGAAGGGGACUUAGUGCUCCAGUGGAUUGGAGAUGGUGCCAUACCCUGCACUCCAGAGAUCAGACAGCCCAGAGUCCGGAGGAUCCCAGCACGGCAGAGCAAUGUUGAGGACCUCAUGAAACUUGCCAAGCAGUUUGACAUCAAUAUGACUCGCCAGGACAAAGAGAAAAAACAGGAGAGCACACUCAAUAAGAUACAAAGUGAUGGUAAAGCGACAAUGGAAAGAUCAACAUCUGUCAAAGUCUCAUCAGAACAACUGCCCAGCUGCUCAUCUCAAGCCCGUCAGGAAGAGGCGGAGCUUCAGGCGUUGUUUGACGGUCCCACUCAGCACAUAACUGGGAGGCUGAGCCCACAGUCAGUAAACUGCACACCAGAAAGCAAAACUGAACCUGUAGCACGGGCAGAACAAAAGUUCAAGAGCGCUCCUGUAGAUGCACCUAAAACCACAAAGGUGGACUUUGAUGAUGACUGGGAAAACGACGAUCUUCUGAAUGACUCGUUUGUGUUGGAAAUGACACAGAACCCAGUUCCUUUGAAUGUAGCUCAGAAACCGAGCACUGCUCAGCCUGAGUCUUGCUCUAGCAGAUGUAAUUUUGUGGCCAAGGUUCAACCAUCUGUAAACUUCUGCUUAGAGACUCAAAAGAGCAUUAGAAAAACCAGCACCUUUACCAAGACACUUCCUGAAGUUCAGACAUCUAAUCAAAGCACUUUUAGAUCAAAGCCGCCUGCUUCUGCCCAGAAUCAUACUACUGACAAGCUGCUAAAGAUUUCACCUGUGGACCAAGUGAAGCAGCAAACACAUUCAUCCCAGAGCACAAGACCAGUUCAGCUUGAAGGAAUCACCAAAGAUUGUGGAGUUUCAAGUCAGGCUUCUUCUGCUAAGUUUGAUGGGGUUUCAGAGGAGGACAUGAAGUCUCUGUUUGAUUCCGAUGCUCUGUGGAAUGACGAAGCAGAGGAUAAUCUCCUUUGGCAGGCUUGCGAUGACAUGGAGAAGUUAUCGGCGAGUCAGGAAGAGCAAAGACAUAACGAGGAGUACAAAAAACUUGCACAAUACAAAUCAAGAAGCAUUGCAUCUAAAGCACCUUCCACUUCUGACACCAUUCGUGCUCCGACCACGGGCAUCAACAAUAAGAGCCAACCACGAGAACCCACAAAGUCCACACGCAUCUUUGCCCGCUCAAAUUCAGUACCGUGUACAAACAGCAGUUCUGGACUGAAACAGGACUGCAGUGUGUUGCCGGGAACUAAAAGUUCUUGCUGUUGUUUGUUGGGAAGUAGUGGUGAGUAUUAUUGA